CCCGCCAAACUUCGUGCAUACACUUGCAUGGUUCACGAUAAUCACACAUUAGCAUUUUGACAGUUUGGCAGGCAGGUUGGUACCUACGUACGUGCAUGAGUCGUGGGACAAAUCCACACUCAAAUCACUCUAUUUAUUCCUUUGAGCUUUGAUGCAUUGCUACAGCUUCGGCACGCGCACGCAGUCAUGGGGCACAUUCACACUCAAAUUACUCUCUCUCCGGUGGUCAGCAAGAUCUUCUGCAGCUCUCUGCACGCCGUGCUCCUGGUCCGGCGGCGCCCGCCCGCCGUCACCGGAGGCGGCUUCGUCGUCACGGACCGGGAGCAGAGGGUCCUCUUCAGCGUGGACGGCUGCGGGAUCAUCGGCGCCAGCGGGCAGCUCAUCGUCAGGGACGGCGACGGCACCGCCAUCCUCUUCAUCCACAAGAAGGGAGGAGUUGUGCAAGCACUGAGCGUCAACAACCGGUGGAAAGGGUAUCUGAUGGACUACGGCGAGCCGAGCAAGCCGGUGUUCGGUUUGCACGACCCAAAGCCGGUCCUCUGCACGACGGGCGGCGACGUUCGGGUGACCGUGGAACCCAAGGGGAGGAAGCGGCAGUGGGACUACGAGGUGACGGGCUCCUUCGCCCAGAGAGCCUGCGCCGUCAGAAGCCGAGCAGGCCACGUCGUAGCACAGAUUGGAGCGAAGGGGACGAUGGCCGGCAAGGAUUUGUACCAUGUGGUGGUGCAGCCGGGCUAUGACCAGGCCUUCGUGAUUGGCGUGAUUGCCAUUCUUGACAACAUGAAUGGGGAAUCCACAAGGUGUUAACAGUACAAAAUCGGGAGCUUCUGGGCUGCUUGCUCAUACUAGUCCCUUGAUGGAUAAGAUUGUGUUGGCAAUUUGUUUGAAUUGGGUUGGUUGAUUAUUCUUUGAAAUACUAGCAUACUUUCGCAUUUUCGUUGGUAGUUUAGAUCGGCACAAAAACAAAUUUAAAAUGAUUGCACGAUGUGUUAGUUGUGAAAUUAUACUGUACAAAAAUUGGUGUAAGGUCGACUUUGUUGUACAUACAAAACGAUCCGUGUAUAAUUUGAGAAUCCUUCCUCCUGU